AUGAUAGUGCUCAUUUUCCUGGCUAUGGGGCUAAGCUUGGAAAAUGAAUACACUUCCCAAACCAGUGAUUGCACGUAUUUAAGAGAGCAAUGUCUAAAUGAUACAAAUGGAUGUAAACAUGCAUGGAAAGUAAUGGAUGAUGCCUGCAAUGAUUCAGAUCCAGGUGACCCUUGCAAGAUGAGGAAUUCAUCACACUGUAACCUGGGUAUCCAGUUCUUAGUGGAAAGCAAUUUCCAAUUUAAAGAGUGUGUCUGCACUGGUGACCUCUAUUGUACUGUGAACAAAUUGCUUGGAAAAAAAUGCAUCAAUAAAUCAGAUAACAUGAAAGAGGAUAAAUUUAAAUUGGAUCUAACUACUCUUUCCCAUCAUUGAUUCGAAGGGAUCUGGUCCUGUUUGGAAGUGGCAGAGGCGUGUGUGGAGGAUGUGGUCUGUAAUGCGCAGUUGGCCCCUUACCUUAAAGCUUGUUCAGCAAAUGGAAAUCCGUGUGAUGUGAAACACUGCCAAGCAGCCAUACGGUUCUUCUAUCAAAAUAUGCCUUUUAACAUUGCCCAGAUGUUGGCUUUUUGUGACUGUGCUCAAUCUGAUAUACCUUGUCAGCAGUCCAAAGAAGCUCUUCCAGGCAAGCCAUGUUCAGUGAACAGAGUUCCACCCCCUACUUGCCUCAAUGUAAUUCACAGCUGCCGAAAUGAUGAAUUAUGCAGGAGGCGCUAUAGUACGUUUCAAUCAAAAUGCUGGCAGCAUGUGACUAGAAAGUGCCAUGAGGAUGAGACCUGCAUCAGCACCUUAAGCAAACAGGACCUCGCUUGCUCAGGAAGUGAUGACUGCAAAGCUGCCUACAUCGGUACCCUUGGGACAGUCCUUCAAGCGCAGUGUACCUGCAGGACCGUUACACAAAAUGAAGAAUCUUUGUGCAAGAUUUUCCAGCAUAUGCUUCGUAGAAAAUCAUGUUUUCAUUAUCCAACCCUGUCUAAUGUCAAAGGCAUUGCAUUGUAUAAAAGAAAACAUGCGAGGGAAAUCACAUUAACUGGAUUUCAUUCCCCCUUCAAUGGUCAGUUAAAAAUCAAACCUUUAUAA